UGCCUUCUCUUCUCUGUCAAGACUCGGCGUUGUUCAACCGAAUCUUCUAGCUUUCCAAUCCAAUCUCUCCACCUGCUUCGGCGAAUUCUCUCUUUCGUUCACACUGGGGGAAUCAAUCGUGUCUAGAUUGAAUCUGAAUUUGAUUUUGAUCUAGAGGUGUGAACGAAUCGAGAAGGAAGGAGUUGAAUCGAAAUACAUUUGGAGAUCUGGCGUGGGGAUGGGGAUGUUGAUCCAUCCGGAGCUCACCUUGGAUUGCCGUAUUUCUUCCGGAACAUGGAUUCCGAAGACGAUCGGCGAGUUUUUGGAGGAGGUUUCGACGAUUGAAAACGAAUCUGCGAAGAUCCUGAAGCUUGAGGAUUACGUUAACAGGUUACAGGAGGAAAUGAGUAAGAUAGAUGUGUUUAAGAGAGAACUGCCGCUCAGCGUGCUCCUAAUCAGCGACGCGAUUGGAGCUGUGAAAGAGGAACUACGGCGGUAUAAAAAAUCCAAUGCGGAGCCUGUCCUCGAAGAAUUUAUACCACUGAAGAAGGACGAUGAAAAGAGUAACAAAGUCGGAGAUUCCAAAGAUAAGGACGCAAACAGUAGAGAUAAAAUGAAUUGGAUGAGCUCCGUGCAGUUAUGGAAUUCCGAUAAUCAAGUUUCUUCUAAUGCAAACACAGACAAAGUUAUCCCCUCAAAACUUUCGGAGAAUAACAGAAACAAAAAGAUGAAGGAAGAAGCAAUUAAUCAACCAUUGAUGGAUAAUUUAUGUGUAAAGGCUAAAAACAGGACAUCUGGACGGACAUUUGCACCAUUAAAUGUGUGUACAAACUUUCCUGCGAUGAUGUUUGGUAAAGAAGCAACAGAUUUACAGCCAGCUCUUUCACUUGGGACUCCUGCGAUAAAAAAUUCCGAGGAAACUAAUUCCUGUGGAUUUAGCUCAAAACCUAAUUCCAUCAGAUCAGGAUCUUCAUCUCCAACCAACAAUCCAUCAAAUUCAAAGGCUGCAUCAUCACAGCAGCAAACUUCUCGGAAGCAAAGAAGGUGCUGGUCGCCGGAACUCCACCGCCGGUUCGUCGGUGCCCUGCAGCAGCUUGGUGGUGCUCAAGCUGCUACUCCUAAGCAGAUCAGAGAGCUGAUGCAAGUGGAUGGCCUCACAAAUGAUGAAGUGAAGAGCCAUUUGCAAAAAUAUCGGCUUCACACCCGAAAACUCCCCUCCACAGCAACCACGCCGGCAGCUGCCACCACAGCCACCGAUCAUGUUCUGCUGGGGGGUCUAUGGGGGUCUCAAGAACAAUACAGUGAAUCCUCCAAAACAAGAAGCAAUUCUCAGUCAGGCUCCCCUCAUGAUCCUCAUCACUUGCCCGGAUCCUCCCGCGGCACAUCCACCACCUGCGGCGACAGCGCCGUCGAAGACGAAGAUGAUGGGAAAUCCGAGACCUUUCUGUAAGCAAUGGUGUCUAGAUAUUUUUGUCCGCCAUGACUUCUGCAGAUAUAUCUAUAUAUGCUGAAAAUAUUUCAUACAUAUGUAUCCAUGAAAAAAAAAAAAAAAACACAUAAUAA